CCUUACUUGCCGUGGCGCUAGGAUUGGCCAGCGGGCGCUCUGGCGAGGGGUGAGGCGGCCGAGCGGCAGGGGUGGAGCGCCUGGACGGGGCGGGGUGUCGGGCGUGUGGUGGACUUGUCGCUAUGUCUGAGGCUGCGUUUCAGAAGGCUGCCGAGGAGGUGAAGCAGCUCAAGUCCCAGCCCACGGACCAGGAGAUGCUCGACGUCUACAGCCUCUAUAAACAGGCUACGGUGGGCGACGUGAACACGGACCGCCCUGGCAUGCUGGACUUCAAAGGCAAAGCAAAGUGGGAUGCCUGGAAUGCAUUAAAAGGAAUGUCCAAAGAAGAUGCAAUGAAAGCUUACAUAGCAAAAGUGGAAGAGCUAAAGGGCAAAUAUGGCAUCUGAGGACUGGAUAUAGCAACAACUUGAACACCUGAAACAUGCCUUAUUUCUAAUACUGUGGAAAAAUGCUUUCUGAGAAUGACAAAUAAUUUUAAAUACCUAGUAUAUUGUAGUCGGUUACACUCAUGCCUGUAGUUCAGGGGAAGUUAUGUAACCACCUAAUGUACUGACACGGUAUAAAUUCCUUCUGGGAACAAAAUCUGGAACUCAUUAAAGUGCAUUUGGUACUUUA